AUGACGAUCACAACACCAAACAACAACGGGCAACUCGCCCGCUGGCUUAACAGGAAAGGAGAUCUAUGCUUCGAAAUAGCCUUCUUCGCGACUGCCGCCAUAUCUUUCGUCGCCUUGGGCGCUUUCAUCAUCGCUCUCAGCUUGGUCGUCGGAGGCCUACUCGUCGCGGGCGUCAUAUUGUUUUGCGCGGCGGAUAUGAUGAGCGAGAAGGUCAGCAAAGUCGCCCCAGGACAACAGAGUCAGGCACAGACAAAAGAAACGAUGAAACAGAAAGGUACCAUAAAGCAGGAAGGUGCCACGGAGCAGGAUGGCGUUCAAAAGAACUAUGACGACGCUCAAAAGAAAGACGACGACAUUAUGGAGAAGGGAGACGACACUCAAAAUAAGGACGGUCCCAAAAAGCAAGAGACGAAGAAGAAAAAGAAGAAGCAGAAGGCGACGCAGACAAGACCCAGCGAGACACAUACAAUGGAAUAUGGGGCCUCAUUGGAUAGGGAACGCAGGAUAUAUCUGGACAGCGUAAGAGGCGGAGCUGAAGAUGGACUGUACAGGACGGAAGAGCAACAUUGA